UUUUUUUUUUUUGCUCCAGCCGCCAACCCCAACGGGCCAGUGACCACGAACCCCUUAGAACUGGAAGCCCACCCACUCCCUCCCUCCUAACUCCUAAACGGCUUGACCGGACGGAGCCCUUCCGCCCAGGGGUCUGGUCAGUCUGGUCAGUCACAGUAGCAUCUGCCAUCCAUCCAUCUGUACGGAGUAUCAGUGUACGCAAGUCGUGCAGUCGAUUAUUGGAUGGGUUUGCAGUCAGAUGGCCUGGCAUGAUGAAAAAAAAAAAUUAAAUGGUCUGUCUAGACCCCAAGAUACCAUGCACUCUGCUCCGUCCCUAACCGACGACCCGGAGACUGAGAGGGGAGGGAUCCCUCUCGCCCCGGCAUGCAUUCAUCAUCAUCAUCAUCAUCAUCAUCAUCAGCGGCGGCAGCAGCAGCAGCAUCAUCAUUCAUCAUCCCUCAAAUUUCAACUUCCCUGCCAGAUUAUUAUUACUAUAUUAAGCCGCGCGCCGGGUGCCGUCCGGGUGAGUCAGCCGGUCGGGUCAAACCAUGGACGCGGCCUUCUGCUGCCGUUCUGGCCGCGGUCCUUAGCCUGCCUGCCUGCCUGCCUGUCUGUCUGUCUGUCUGUCUGCUUUGCCUGCUUAGUGCCUACAGGACUGACUGACUGAGGUAAAGUAUCUACCGGUAGUGGUGUUUGUAGUCUGCUGGUCGGGCCAUCGUCACUGGCGCU